AUGGAGCAGUUUGCUGUCGAAGUAAAAGACCUGUCAGAGAAACUCCUCCACAGACAGAGCCAUUCAGACUUGGAUGAAGUGAUUGAUUCCCUCUUCAAGGAGAUUUUAACUCUAGAUGAAGCUGCAAAACUACAGGAUUCACAGCUGGAGGAAAUCGCCAUCCAGUUGUGGAACUGGGCUGUCACCAAACGUGUUGGCACCUCAAUUACAGAAGAGCAGAAGGCCAAAGUGCGUCAUGUGGCAUGCAGACUUCUGUAUUCAUGCGGGCCUGAGAACCCAUCAGAGAGUAUCGUGCGCAAGCAAAUACUGAGCCUGGAGACUCUUUACAGCAGACUAACAUCCCAUGGAGAUGGAGAAGAUAUGAACACACCAAAGGGCGACAUAGAGAAAGACCUGUUGCGGAUUUUGUCUUAUCAGGCAGAAUCUGCAGUAUCUCAAGAGCAACACCAAGUGGCAGUGUCAUGCAUACAGCGAUGUAAAGAAAUCCUUCUACGCCUCCCUAAAGAGACUGGCUAUCUCUCCCUCAUCUGUUACAACUUUGGGGUUGACACUUACAGUCAGGGAAAGCAUGAAGAGAGCACAUUUUGGCUUAGCCAAAGUUAUGAUAUAGGCAAGAUGAACAUGAAGUAUUCACCAGGAUCAGAGAUGCAAGCCAAAGUCUUGAGGCUUCUUGCAACAGUUUAUUUGGAGUGGGACCACCAGAAGUAUCUAGAAAAAGCUCUUCAGGCUGUGAGCUUGGCAAAUAAGGAGCACAUGCAGUUGUCAGGUCUUUACUUGAAGAUCCGUAUCCUAGUGAAAGGCUGUAGCCCAGAUGAAGCAGUAAAAUCCGGACUGUCAGAGCUGCUGGACUGUGAGGUUCCACUGGAAGUGUGUUUGAGCACAGUAAAGCUGCUUGUAGAAGAGAACAGGGAGGCUUUGGCCUUUGACUUCCUGAAGCGAGUGUGUCAGCAUUUUGAGUCGUCUCCUGAACUGGGCUCUGCUCUGCUCAUGCAUAUAGAGCUGCUGCUGCAGCGGGACAAAGAGCUGCUGGCCAAGCAGAAGAUCGAGGAUGCUAUUACUGGUGCUCAAAAAUCUCACUCACAUUCACGACAUGUGUCAUCUCAUAGAUUUUAUGACAGUUUUAUGAACUGCCUAUCAAUUGUUACCAUUUAUUGUUUUCUAGGACAUUAUACUGGAAAACAACUAGCAUCACAGACUCUUUCAUCUCUGCAUCUUCUUCUCUGGGAUAGAGCUUCCAAAAACUUUGAAGCCAAGAACUUUUCAGAAGCUCUGCAGUGGUAUAACUACUCACUGAGCUUCUACAAAGCAGGCGAGCUGGAUCCCAACUUGGCUAAACUACAGAGAAACCGAUCCUCCUGUUUUCUGCACCUACAACAACUUGAUAAGGCCAAAGAGGCUGUAGAAGAGGCAGCAAGGAUUGAUUCAGCCAAUAUUUUCACACAGUUUAACAUCUACAAGAUUGCUAUUUUGGAAAACAAUGCUGAGAAAGGUAAAGGAGUUGAUGUAAACCAACACUGUGAACACAUGCGUCUGACUGGACAGUACCAAAGAGGGAUUGGCAUUCUGGCUAAAGCUCCAGUUAGCAGUGAGGACAGACUUCUUGUGACUGAGAACGCAGCAGCAAACCUCCUCAGCCUGGCAGCACAGAUCGCCCUUGAGCAUGAGCAACAGGAAACAGCCAUUAAAGCCUUGGAGACUCUGUGUGAACACUCAGAAGAUGUUCCUCAAACCCUCACUGCUUUGAGGUGUUUAGUGCGACUAGCUCUUUCAACACUGGAAAACAUCAGCGAGGAAAACAGGAAUGCCAGCUUGGAUAUCCUCUUGUCAUACCUAAAAACAGCUCUUCAGAAAUUAUCACAAGUCUGCCAUAUUCCUGGUCAGAGAGCAGAGCAGCGUUCAGAAGAUGCUAACUGGUUCAGGAGAAUUGCAUGGAACUCUGCCCUUCAGUGUGAGCACAGUCCUGUUCGGAUGAAGGAUUUCUUUCUUCUCUCGUUUCAACUUUCACAGCUGUGUGCUCCAGACCGAGCUGUGUUGAUGGGGCAGAAGACGUGCCUGCUGAUGUCUGCUGCCGCCUCUCUGGAGAUCUGCAGGAGCUCUGAUCACACUGAGCAACAGACUGAGCUGCUGACCCAGACUCUAGAAAACAUUCAACUCUGUAAAGAGAUUUGGACCACCAUCAAAACAUCAGGCAUUUCUUCUCAAGACAAAACAGACUCAUUAUUGCUGCUCUAUGAGUUUGAGGCUCGGGCCAAAUUAAAUGAUCCAAAACUGGAGACUGUGCUUGAAUCAGUUUUGGAGCUGGAUAACAUCGAGACCAAGCUGUUAGAAGUGAUCGCAGUGCUGGCAAUGGAACCACCAGCCCAUUACCCGGUACUUUGUAAGAAAGCACUGAAGAUCGCUCUGUCUCUGCACAGAAAACAACCACAGGUGGACCUCAUGCGCUGCAGUAACUGUUUACACAGCCUGAUUCAGCUGAGCCUGCCGAACGGUGUGUCCGAGGUUCAGCCUUGCGUGUUGGAGGAAGUGUGGGGCUACUAUGAGGAAGCUCUUUCCCUCAUAGCAACUGCAACCGAGGACUUUCCGGAGUUGGAGAUCCUGUGGCUGCUGACCCGAGCGUGGAAUACAGGAAUCCUGCUCUACAGUCUGGCCCAAUACCCUGAAGCAGAGAGGUGGUGUGGGCUGGGAAUGAGCUUCUUGAGGUAUCUGGGCUCUCUGCAGGACAGCUAUCAAACUCAGAUGGCGGGUCUGUACAGUGAGGUGUUGGACAGGCUGGAUAAAGCCAAGAAGAAUCUCAUUAUUGAGGAAUGAAUGAUGGCGGAUUCAGUCGCAGAUGGAGAUCUCAGGUCUGACGGCACGUGUUUAAUAUGUAGUGUGAAUUUCUCCGAGAUGCUAAGAGAUGUACAAUUCAUCUGAGGGUUUGUUUGCACAGUUAUAAAAUGGUUCCAAAAGUUGCAUUAAUUUAAUCUGAAGUAUUUAAUUGGCAGGUUUAUUUUAUUACCUGUCAUCCGCUUAUCUGUUUGAGCUGUCCUGGGUUGAAACAUAUGCAUUGCGAUACAAAACAAAUAAAAAUGCAUGCAUUGAAAUCGUAACAGAGUCACAUAGUUUAUUUCCAAACAAAUAAACUCUUGUCCAGUCCAAAAAGAAAAAAGAAAAGAAAAACAAAAUCAACAUAAAACAAAAUAAUAGUAAAUGGUAGGACUGUGUUCCCUCCUGACCAGGAUAUAAAAGAGCGGUUUUCCUUGUGUCCUGAUAGGCUGUACCACCUGUAAUCAUGGGGAGGACACUUCUGUACAAUCAGAGGGUUCAUAUUUGCAAGCACUUACUGCACAGGUGUGCUGUCACAUCAAAAACUCAUCAUCACUCAAAAAGACAAAACCAGACCCCUUCCCUCCCCAUUUGACGCUCAUGCCUUCCAUAGCACAGACCCUCAUUAGUACACCAGAGCUGCUCUCAUUCAAUCCACUUCAGUAGAAAUAUAGUACAAUGAAUUCUUUGGGCUUCACCAACAUGGCUGACCAGCAUCAUUGGUGCGAACGGUCAGCUGCGUUUCCGCUCGACACCGCAGAGGGCCAGAUCUACGUUAAAUGAGUUAUUUAUGCUUCUGGUUUACUUUAAUAUCACUCUACGGGUUGCUGUCCGCAUGUCUCUUUAAAUAGAUAUUUAUAUAUAUAUAUUUAUAUAAUUUUUUUACAUUGGUUUUUCAUCUAUACACUCAGACAAGUUCCACAAGAUAUCACAAGUAGACAGGCCGUAAUGUAGGGAAGCUAGUUCCCGACUCGCUAAAAAAAUGUUCCGAUAGGCAGCUGAAGAUAGUUUCUUUUCUAUAGAGAAAUAGCAACGUUACGGCACAUUUGUAUGGAAAUUAAUUAAUCUCAGAAUAAAUUCAAAGUUUACUUACCUGACAUUUGUGAUUUAUAAAAACAUGUUUGUCCCAGUUGUAUCACACAUGCAUGAAGCACAAGUGAGGGCCGAUAUUUACACUUUACAGCUAUCAUACCCAUUAAAACAGUCUGUAAGCAGUUUAUAAAUGGCUCUGUUCCCUUCGAUUAUUCCCUGAACUCUGGUUUUGACACAGGUAUGACAGCUGAUUUCGCAGAGACGCUUGGCAGGUGAGCGCACCUGUUUAGAAAAUGCCUGUGGGUCGGGGGCGGGAGAGAGAAAGAGAGAGCGGCCACAGGGAUAGAUAUCCCUCCAUUUACACGGGAUCCAGACUUCUCAAUACAGAAACAAAGAAUCGCCUUCUUGAGGGAGCCAAGAGACUGAAGGAAGUACUUCUGUACCGGUGAGCACCGUCCCGUUCCAGCACAAUCCCGUUCUCUCCGGCUGAACACUGAUGUAAGACACAGUGCUUACAAAGUAUCAAAUAAAAAAAGGACUAAAUAUUUAGAAUACACAAGUAUAAUAUUUCAGCAUGUCUGGGUGUUCAGGUAGAGGAUUGGAAAUCAUCCCUUGAGUUCAUACUCUACUUGAUCACAAUAUGAUUGCGGCCCUUUAGUGGCUUAUCGAUAAAAAUAAAAAAAAGUUUUCCAUCAGAUUCCUGAGCUCGCCGAGCUCGCCCGGCACAAGGCUCAACACAGUGGAGUAAACAUCAGCCCGGAAAUAAAGUCGAAGAAAAAAAAUCAUUUAAAAGCUGUCAUUACAAAGAACAGAUUUAAUCAAACCAUCGUCGAGUUCUUGGGGAAAACUGUCAAUUUCAGGCUCCACUAACGCUUUAAUAUUAAGAAGGACAUCCAAUACAAUUAUUGUCUUGAUUCUACCCGUUUUAAGGCUGCACUCCAGGGCAGCUAACAGGACAGUACCUUGUUACCGUUCAGUCUGAAGAGAAUAUAGUCAUGGAAGGCAGAGGAAGUGCAAGUGGGCUGUCUGCUUUUCAACUCCAAUGGUGGCCGAAAUUGGAUUUUGCUUAAGUUAAAAAAAAACAAACAAACAGCAAAG